AUGUUUGCCGUGUUCCGGAAGCCCAAGACGUUCAGGCUGCGGGCUCUGCACAGCCAGAAGAAGUUUGGGGUGGCGGGGUGGAGCUGCCAGGAGGUGCUGCAGAAGGGGUGCCUCCACUUUCAGCUCCCUGUCGCCGGCUCCCGCCUGUGCCUCUAUGAGGAUGGCACGGAGCUGACCGGAGAUUACUUCUGGAGUGUCCCUGACAACUCGGAGCUGGUGCUUCUCACCUCGGGCCAGACCUGGCAAGGCUAUGUGAGUGACAUCAGUCGCUUCCUCAGCGCGUUCCACAAGCCGCACGCGGGGCUCAUCCAGGCCGCCCAGCAGCUGCUCUCCGACGAGCAGGCUCCGCUGCGGCAGAAGCUGCUGGCCGACCUCCUGCACACCAUCAGCGAGAACAUCGCGGCUGAGACCAGGGCCGAGGACCCGCCGUGGUUCGAAGGUUUGGAGUCUCGAUUCACGAGUAAGUCUGGGUACCUGAGGUAUAGCUGCGAGAGCCGGAUCCGGAGCUACCUGAGAGAGGUGAACUCUUACGCCUCCGUGGUCAGCGUGGAGGCUCAGGAGGAGUAUUCCCGCAUCGUGGACAUCAUGUGCCGGGAGCUCAGGGCGGCGCAGUACAACGGCAGCUACUUCGACAGAGGCGCCAAGGCAGGUGGCCGGCUCUGCACGCCCGAAGGCUGGUUCUGCUGCCAGGGUCCUUUUGACGUGGACACCUGCGCAUCCAAACACUCCAUCAACCCCUACGGUAACAGGGAGAGCCGGGUCCUCUUCAGCACGUGGAACCUGGACCACAUAAUAGAAAAGAAGCGCACGGUGGUCCCUGCACUGGCUGAAGCUGUUACAGAGCGAGACGGCAGAGAAGUGGCCUGGGAGUAUUUUUACAGCCUGCUCUUCACCUCGGAGAACCUGAAGUUGGUCCACAUUGCCUGCCAUAAGAAAACCACCCACAAGCUCAGCUGUGACCCACGCAGGAUCUACAAACCGCAGACGAAGCCGAAGAGGCGGCGGCCGGCCCGCAAGUGCCGGUGA